AUGGAACCGGCUAGAAAGGGUAGUUUAGAAAUCGUUGUGCGGCCCGAGCCAAACGUCGACAGAGCGUCGGCCGAAAACAACAACAAAAAUGGCGUGGACCAUCACCUCGAAGAGAAGACGGAGAGUUCCUCACGAAACCCCGAAAGCAAUGAAACCAGCCUCCAGACGGGGACCGGCGAUGAGUCUGCGAAUCACCAAUACGCGACUCCGAAAGAGCUCUCCCUGCUGUCGACGGUUUUCACCAUUGCCACUUUCAUGAUAGCCAUAGACGGGAGUAUCCUCGCGACGGCCAUUCCCAAGAUAACCAGUGAUUUCCACCAACUCGAUGACGUCCCGUGGUACGGAAGCGCAUACCUCUUCACAGAGAUGGCAUUCCAGCCUACUUUUGGUCGCCUGUACACUUUGUUCGACGCCAGAGUCCUCUACCUGAUAUCGAUAAUACUCUUCGAGAUAGGCUCGAUAUUAUGUGCUGCCUCGCCCAACUCUGCCGUCUUGAUCACUGGAAGGGUGAUUUCCGGCACAGGAGCGGCCGGCCUGCUCUGCGGGAGCCUGGCGGUGUAUGGGAGGUCGGUUCCGCUGCGGGCCAGGCCGUUCGGGAUGGCUCUUGUCACGAGCAUGUAUGGUAUCGCGGGCGUGCUUGGGCCGACUCUCGGGGGGCUGAUUACAGACACGCCCCGACUUACCUGGCGGUUCUGCUUCUGGAUCAACCUACCGUUUGGGGCUGUGACCUUUGCCAUUGCAUACAAGAUUCUAAAGGCAAAGACACCGGUACACGGGCGGCUCUCGCUGCGUGAGAAACUGAAGAGACUAGACCUUCUAGGCGCCUCCAUGCUACUGAUCGGCCUGGUGGCUCUCUUCUUCGCGCUUCAAUGGGGUGGGAGCAGAUACCCAUGGUCCGACCCGAGAGUUUACGCAUGCCUCAUUGUAUCGGGCAUCUUCCUAUCAGCAUUCGUCCUGCUGCAAGCAACCAAGAAAGAAGAGGCCAUCAUCCCCGUGCGGAUCCUCUCGCAGCGUACGGUGGCCAUCAGCUGCGUCUUCAACAUGCUCAUGUCCAUGGCGCACAACACGCACAUGUACUACCUGGCCUUCUACUUCCAGGCCGUGCUGGGCACCAACGCCGUGACGUCGGGGGUGCGGUGCCUCGCGUACGGCAUCCCGUGCAGCAUCGCCAUCAUCGUCACGGGGGCGUGCAUCAGCUCCAGGGGCCACUACGUCCCCUUCAUGUGGCUCGGGUCCGGCGUCUUCGUCGCCGGCUGCGUCCUGAUCCAGCGGCUCGACAGGGGCUCGUCGAUCGGGGAGUGGCUGGGGUUCCAGGUCCUCAGCGGAGCGGGCAUCGGGCUCGCCGAGCAGGUCCCCUUCAUCGCGGUGCAGGUGGUCCUCCCCGACGACGACAUGCCGACGGCCUGCGCCCUCGUCGUCUUCCACCGCCUCCUCGGCGGCGCCGUGGGCCUCAGCAUCGCCUCCAACCUCUUCUCCCAGGAGCUCUCCCGGCGGCUGGCAGGGGCGCCGGCAGGCGUCAACGCCAGGGCUGUGCGGUACGCCGGCGCGUCGGACCUGGCGAGCGCGGUGCCGGCGGCCGACUUGCCGCUGGUCCGAGGGGCUUUUGGCUACGCUGUCGCCAAAGCCUUCAUCUUGCCCAUUGCGGUGGCCGGCAUCUCCUUGCUUAUGAGCUUCGGGAUGCAGAGACGUUGGAUUCCAGACGACCGGGUGCAGCCGGCCCAAGGGGAAGAGCCCACGACGACGACGACGACGACUCUCGACACGCCGGGAGCUGUGUCUCUGGAUCCGGUGCGAUGUGAUAGAACCGCAUAG